GGAGGGAGCGGGCCCGAGACUGCAUCAUUCCGCACUGGCUGCAGCACGGCCAGAGCGAGCAGGUGGAGCGAGCGAGCGAGACGCGAGCCGGAGCGCGCCAGACCCGGGGGAGACUGCAGUGACGCUGCCCGGGAGACAUGGCGGCCGGGCGCCUCUGAAUAAGCAGAAUCCGGAGCCCCUCGCCGCCCCUGGCCGCCGCAGCCCAGGCCAUGCCGACCGGCUGCUGACCGCACGCAGGGGCCGGCCCAGAGGACACAUGCGGCAGCAGCUGCCGCCUCGCCCUGAUCCUCUCCCUGCAUUCUCCAUGUUGCAUUUCUCGUCAGUUUCCCUGGCAGUGUAGCUGCUGCUGCCAGAGGAGCAGUCAGGGCUUGGCUCUCUGCUCAUUCAUCCAGCUACACUUUUCUUUUCCGUUUUUACCCUUCCCUUCCCAUUUCCUUCUUCCUUCCCCUGCCUGCUUUGCAUCCAUCUCCCCCACCCCAUCACCCGCUCCUGCCUCCAUCCACCGGGGCUAUGGCCGCAGAAGAGGUAUCGCAGACUGUGGACCAUUAUAAGACUGAGAUAGAGAGGCUGACCAAGGAGCUCACAGAGACGACCCACGAGAAGAUCCAGGCUGCCGAGUACGGGCUGGUGGUGCUGGAAGAGAAGCUGACCCUCAAACAGCAGUAUGACGAGCUGGAGGCUGAGUACGACAGCCUCAAACAGGAGCUGGAGCAGCUGAAAGAGGCUUUUGGGCAGUCCUUCUCCAUCCACCGGAAAGUCGCGGAGGAUGGGGAGACUCGGGAGGAAACACUUCUGCAGGAGUCAGCCUCAAAGGAAGCUUACUAUCUGGGGAAGAUCUUGGAGAUGCAGAACGAACUGAAACAGAGCCGGGCUGUGGUCACCAACGUCCAGGCAGAAAAUGAGAGGCUCACGGCCGUCGUGCAGGAUCUGAAGGAGAACAAUGAGAUGGUGGAGCUACAGAGAAUACGGAUGAAGGAUGAAAUCCGGGAAUAUAAAUUCCGAGAGGCCCGCCUCCUGCAGGACUACACGGAGCUGGAGGAAGAAAAUAUCACGCUGCAGAAACUCGUGUCCACGUUAAAGCAGAACCAGGUUGAAUAUGAAGGCUUAAAGCAUGAGAUUAAGCGAUUUGAGGAGGAGACAGUGCUGCUGAAUAGCCAGCUGGAAGAUGCCAUCCGGUUAAAAGAGAUUGCUGAGCAUCAACUGGAAGAAGCCCUGGAGACCUUGAAAAAUGAAAGGGAACAGAAGAACAACCUGCGGAAGGAGCUGUCCCAGUACAUCACCCUCAAUGACAACCAUAUCAGCAUCUCGGUAGACGGACUCAAGUUCGCCGAGGAUGGGAGUGAACCAAACAAUGAUGACAAAAUGAACGGGCACAUCCAUGGGCCCCUUGUGAAACUGAAUGGAGACUAUCGGACUCCCACGUUAAGGAAAGGAGAGUCUCUACACCCUGUUUCUGACUUAUUCAGUGAGCUGAACAUUUCAGAAAUACAGAAAUUGAAGCAGCAGCUUAUGCAGGUAGAGCGAGAAAAGGCCAUCCUUCUGGCCAAUCUCCAGGAGUCCCAAACGCAGCUGGAACACACCAAGGGGGCACUGACAGAGCAGCAUGAACGGGUGCACCGCCUCACAGAGCACGUUAAUGCCAUGAGGGGCCUGCAGAGCAGCAAGGAGCUCAAGGCCGAGAUGGAUGGGGAGAAGGGCCGGGACUCAGGAGAGGAGGCCCAUGACUACGAGGUGGACAUCAAUGGCUUGGAGAUCCUUGAGUGCAAAUACAGGGUGGCAGUAACUGAGGUGAUCGAUUUGAAAGCUGAAAUUAAGGCCUUAAAGGAGAAAUAUAAUAAAUCUGUAGAAAACUACACUGAAGAGAAGGCCAAGUAUGAGAGUAAGAUCCAAAUGUAUGAUGAACAGGUUACAAGCCUUGAGAAGACCACCAAGGAGAGUGGAGAGAAGAUGGCCCACAUGGAGAAGGAGUUGCAAAAGAUGACCAGCAUAGCCAAUGAAAAUCACAAUACCCUUAAUACGGCCCAAGAUGAGUUGGUGACAUUUAGUGAGGAGCUAGCUCAGCUUUAUCACCAUGUAUGUCUUUGUAAUAAUGAAACCCCCAACAGGGUCAUGCUGGACUACUAUAGGCAAAGCAGAGUCACCCGAAGUGGCAGCCUGAAAGGGCCGGAUGAUCCCAGGGGACUUUUGUCUCCACGGUUAGCCAGGCGAGGGGUGUCAUCCCCAGUAGAAACAAGGACCUCAUCUGAACCAGUUCCAAAAGAAAAUACAGAGGCCAGCAAAGAACCAAGUCCAACCAAGACCCCCACAAUCUCUCCUGUUAUUACUGCCCCACCAUCAUCUCCAGUAUUAGAUACAAGUGACAUCCGCAAAGAGCCAAUGAACAUCUACAACCUUAAUGCCAUAAUUCGGGACCAAAUCAAGCACCUGCAGAAAGCUGUGGACCGGUCCUUGCAACUGUCUCGUCAAAGAGCAGCGGCACGGGAGCUGGCCCCCAUGAUCGAUAAAGACAAGGAAGCCUUAAUGGAAGAGAUCCUCAAGCUGAAGUCCCUGCUGAGCACCAAACGGGAGCAGAUCGCCACACUGAGGGCCGUGUUGAAAGCCAACAAACAGACGGCUGAGGUGGCUCUAGCCAACCUCAAGAACAAAUACGAAAAUGAAAAAGCAAUGGUGACGGAAACGAUGACGAAACUCAGAAAUGAACUGAAGGCUCUGAAAGAAGAUGCAGCAACUUUCUCGUCCCUGAGAGCAAUGUUUGCAACAAGAUGUGAUGAAUAUGUCACACAGUUGGAUGAGAUGCAGAGACAGUUAGCAGCCGCAGAGGAUGAGAAGAAGACUCUAAACACUUUGUUACGAAUGGCUAUCCAGCAAAAACUCGCCCUGACCCAGCGGCUGGAGGACUUAGAGUUUGACCAUGAGCAGUCCCGACGCAGCAAAGGCAAACUUGGGAAGAGCAAGAUCGGCAGCCCUAAAGUAAGUGGGGAGGCAUCAGUCACCGUGCCCACCAUAGACACUUACCUCCUGCAUAGUCAGGGCCCACAGACACCCAACAUUCGGGUCAGCAGUGGCACUCAGAGGAAAAGACAAUUUUCACCUUCCCUUUGUGAUCAGAGCCGUCCCAGGACUUCAGGGGCUUCCUACCUACAGAAUUUAUUAAGCGUUCCCCCUGAGCCCACCUCCACAGAAUCAUUUCUUCUGAAGGGCCCCCCUUCCAUGAGUGAAUUCAUCCAAGGGCACCGGCUCAGCAAGGAAAAAAGGUUAACCGUGGCUCCACCAGAUUGUCAGCAGCCUGCUGCCUCCGUACCGCCACAGUGCUCACAACUAGCCGGGAGGCAAGACUGCCCGACUGUCAGUCCUGACCCAGCUCUCCCAGAGGAGCAGCCACAUUCCAGCUCGCAGUGCACCCCUCUCCACUGUCUCUCCAAGCCUCCUUACCCUUAGCCUUCACCUCCUGCGGACGAACAUCUGGGGUGAACAUUUUGUAGCCACACACAGGAUACUGCCCAAGAUCCAGCAGUGUUUUCUUUUUGGUGGUUAGAUUAUCCUUGGAUUAAUGUCCAUCAUUCUGGAAGAUGAGAGAAAGUUGAGAAGAAUAACACAAAGCACAGACUCUGGUGUGAUAGAACGUUUUAUGGUUUCUCUAAGUCACAGAUAAACUUCUGCAAUCAAAUGGCUACCGUUCAGUUAAAUCAAAAAACAAGGUGAAACGAAACAAGAAACAUGUAUCUCAGAUGGCUGGCUUUACCUCGAUAGCAUAAGAGAGACCUAAGACAAUGUAAAAUACGUAUAUUGUAAAGUCAUCUUUCCUCAUACUUCAAAUUCAGCCAUAGAGGUUGAUUCUGAUUUUUUUUGUCAUUAAUAUUUAUUUUGUACUUUAUUUGCCACAUGGGAUUCAUGUCUAUAAAAAUUUCUGUGAGAGGUGAACUUAAUUCGUUUAUUUUUAAAGAAGCAUAAUUUGCUCAGUUAAGUAUGAGUUUUAAUUUAGUUUGAAAUCUGGAAUUGGCCAGACGGUGGUCAUUUUUCCUGCACAAAAUGAUAAUAAGGUGCAUCGGAAUGUUAACAAUAACUGUAUUUUGCUGCUACAUUGAUAUUGCUUAUGCACUUAUUUUCUAAUCAGUAGCUCAUUAACUGCUGUUUGUUUUUUUUUUUUAACUAGAAUUCUUCACUGGACAUUAUUAAGUAAAUCUAAAAAAGAGACUACGUUACGAUUCAUUGACUUAUUUGACUUUUGACUGCAUCUUUAAUUUUUUUAAACUUGCAGACAAGUGGAUGCACCGGUGCUGCUCCUUUGUGUGUGUGUACGUGUGUGUGAUAAUGUUGAAGAAGGCUAAAUCAUGGGAAGGGAAAAAAAUGGGGUGUUUAUUUAAUGACCUGGAUUUUUUUACUUCUCCCAAAUUCAGAGUCCUACUAUGAGUCUUUCCUGCUAAAAAGUAUCAAGUACAAAUGGGAAAAUACCUACCUAGAUAGAUGUAAGUUAGCCUUUGGUUAAUUAAAUUACCCAGAAAGUGUUCAAAUUUUGAUUAAAUUGUAUGUUUUGUUGUUGUUAGGUUUCUUUCAUAGUGAAUCUUCCUUGCCAAAAAACAAUAGAUGAUAAAUCUUAGCUCAUUGUCUACUUUUGACAAACACUCAGGUGCCUACAAUCAUUAUAUUAUAUUGAGAUAAUACGUGGUCCUAGUUAAUUUCCAGAUUCUGCUAGGUAACUUUUAUGACUUGAUUUAAGGCAGUGGAUUUUCAUAGCAAAAUUUAUUUUGCACAUAAUCUGACAAACAAGGAAAACAGCUAAUUGAGCUGAAAGGUCUAACACUCUUGGGCUCCUUAACUAUCAAGUGCUGCCCGCACAACUGCUCCUAGCCCUGAUUCCUUGUCUAGUCAGGUAGCCUUAACUUAUUUAAAACCAUAACGGUUUGACUUUUUCAUGUAAUGAUAUCUGUAACUUAUCUUUAAAACGAAAACAAUCCUCACUGUUAACACAAAGGAUAAUUAGCAAUGCAAGGUUCUAACAAUGGAGCUCUAGUAGGAACCACUCAGCUUAUCGAAUGGAAGUGGGUGGAAUAUUAAUGGAGUGGCCCAUCAAAGAUGGCGGCCAAUCAGUAAGUCAGAAAACACAGUGCAGGAGCAUUAAUGGAGUGGUCCAUCAAAGAUGGCGGCCAAUCAGUAAGUCAGAAAACACAGUGCAGGAGCAUUAAUGGAGUGGUCCAUCAAAGAUGGCAGCCAAUCAGUAAGUCAGAAAACACAGUGCAGGAGCAUUAAUGGAGUGGUCCAUCAAAGAUGGCAGCCAAUCAGUAAGUCAGAAAACACAGUGCAGGAGCUCUCAUCAGUCAUACACCUGUGAAGUAGUGGUCACUAUUACCAAAGCAACCGAAAGGUUUUGAGUUCCUUAUAUGAGUGCUAUUUUCAACAGUGUCAUUUAUCAUGCAACUUGGAGUAGUUGGAAAUCUUCACCAAAAUAGGGAUUCAGGUUAAAAUACAGAAAAAGAAGCAAAACAAUCUUCAUAAAGUCCAGAUCAUGGCAACCUAACCUUCUGCUCUUUCCUACCUGCAUUGCCUUGCUGUUCCUAAAUGUUUUCUUCAUUGUAUUGGUGUUGUAUCUGCCUGGUCUCAGUAUUAGUAAGAAAGAAUGGAUGUUAUGAGAGUUCAAUUAAAGGAAGCUACCCUACCCCCACCCCUGCUCUCUUUUUCUCUUUCUCUGGUUUCUUUUUCAAGCAUCAUAUGUUUGGACCUGAGAAAUGGCAUAGCUGCUAAGUUGGCUUUUAAUAAAAACUGUUUGUGCCUGAGGGAAAAUAUGCCUUUUUCAAAAGUACCUCAGAACAUCUUCCUAUAUUUCCUCAUCAAUUUCGUUGGUGGCACAGGGAACUGAGCAGUAAAUAUUGUCCGUGUGUAGCUACAGGGCAGUACUGUCUAUUGACAGCGCUCUACUGCGUUCAUGCUCCCUUACUCAGUAUUUAUGACCUGGUGAAAAGAUGAAUCAUAGACAAAACAUUUAUUCUAAUACAAAUUUUAUCAUUACAUGUAUUAUAUUCCAGUUUUAUUUCUGUUCUUUAUAGUAAUAGAGUGGGAAAUGCUUGUUUUGAAAUAUUAAUCUUAUGAAAAUGUUAAUUUUAACAAAACUUUGCCAAGAAGAUAUAGAAAAUUGGAAAUACUCUUCUACUUUUCAGCAUGAAAUUAGAUAAGCAGUAAGAGAGAAUUCCAUGUAUUUACACGGUGGCAUCAUUUGGUAUAGUUUAAACUGAGCCAUAUCUGUAUUUAUUUCCAUUUAGACUUUUAAAGUGAAUAAAUAUGUGAGGCUCUGAUAAAAGUCAGAACCUGCAAAGAAACAUCAGGAAACAAAAGAAAAUUGAAAAAUUGAAGAACAAGUGAAAAUCAAAAAUAACAAAUCUCAGUAAGAAUAAUGGAAGACAGACUUGGGGAAGAAAAACCAACUACAAAUACAAUAAAAUUACUGGCUAAUUAUUGCAAACACAGGGAACUAGCAAAAGCAGUCAUUUUUUAAAAGUAAGCACAAUUACCAUACUGGAAAGAAGAGUCAGUAUGCAGAAAUGCUUUCCUACUGAGGAUUUUUCUUAGUUAAAAAAUUAAAUUAAAAGUAGCAAUAAAUUGCCUUUGGCCUGAGUGCACAAGGGCAUACAGGACCCUCGGCUUAAUCUUUCCAGUCAAUUCAUGAUUGAUCAGAUCCCUUUCAUGUAUCGAAUUCUGUUUCAGUAAGAGGAAUUUGGAGAACUGUGAGAAAACAGAAAGUUAUUAAAUAAGAAAAGACCUAUUUAGAAAGAUUAUACUUUAGCCUAAGGAAGAGGAGCCACAAUGUAAUCUUCAAGAAAAGAAAAUUUAACAAACGAUAGGAACAUCGAUAUGGUUACUAAGACUAGAAUAAGAACAGUCUUCAGAGUGAAGGGUUUAUAUUAACUCGAGGAAAGAGAUUUUUGACAGUGGGAAAUUAAUCACUGAAACUGAUCAUCAUAAGGAAGAUUUGUUUUUUAAAAAUUAAAUAUUAUUGGUUAUCUAGUAAGGAUUAAGUGGCAAGAUGUCUUAUGAUAAUCUAUUAUAAUUCUGAGAUUCCAUAAUCUUUUGCUUCUUUUAAAUUUAAAAAUACGUUAAAGUUAUACUGGUUAGUCAUAAAAUAUUUUAUCCCUUGAAAAUAGAAUAGCAAUUGUAAUUUUUCCAAGAUAUUUGGUAAAAAAAAAGACAAAACAAGAUCAUUGGUAUUAUUUUUCUUUCCAGCUAUAUUUCAUAAUAUCUUUAAAGUUGUCCAGAAUGUAGUAAUUUUACUAUAAAAAGCCUCAGUUGUCAGAGUCUAAAAAAACAAAUGUCCUCAGGAAUACUUUGGAAAUAGAAGGUAUGCAAUCCCUUAGGGGGGCAAAUGUCUCUCAAAUUUUAUCUUUUCUUAAAAGGAUCUUCAAUCUACAAUAUUUGCUUUUUCCAUGCUUUGGAAAAUACUUCUGUACAGACCUUCUCUUUCAAACAAGCAUGAAAUGUUGGUCAAAUAAACCAGCUAUGAGUGUGGACAUUUCCUGAUACUGUAUUACAUAAAAUUCUCUACAGUUCUCAAGUGGAAAUCACAAAAUAUGAAAAAGAAGAAAUGAAAUAUAUUUUCCACUGGGAUAAGAAUGGCAAACGUAAUGUAUAAUUGUUACAAUCAAUCAGCCAAAAGACAUAAUCUGCCUCUCAGCAAGACAUGGCAGGGGAAACUGAUGGGUUGCCAAUAAGGAACUGUGAUGACUCGACCCAAGGAUGCCACAAAUUUAUUGAUAUUCUAAGUAUAAAGUAGGACUAGAGUCGAAAGGAACUCUUAGGAUAAAGUUCCCAGUGUUAAAAAUUUGCCCUCCUGGUUUUUUGUUUGUUUAUAAGCCAGAAUGAUUUAAAACAAUCCUUGUAUUUAAGAUUGCAAAAAACUUACAAGAAUAUGUUUCUGAAUAAAAAGGAACGUAAUUCUUUAAAAAGCUGUUGAACUAGAGUUGUGAUAGAAAGCGUGAUCAAUGUUGAUACUGACAAGUAAUUUUUACCUUGAAAUCAAUUUCUGUGGACAUACAAGACCAAUCUAGCUCCCAGGUGACCAUUUCCAUUGUCUUGUGGUAAUGCCCCUAGAUGAUUUGUGUCUAUAGUUAAAUUCAUCUUUAUUCAAAUACCAAGUUUACUGCCAUAGUCCCUGAUUGUAUUGCAUAUGUAGCCCGAUCCUAUUAUGUUAACAUCUGAAAGAUUUCAUCUAGCCAUCUCUUCUGUCCUUCUUACUCAAAGUUUAACUGGAAAAGAUUUUAGUAUUAAGAUAUGUUCCCUGAUUGAGGAUUUUCCAGAAAUAAUAUUCUACUUAAGAAGAGGAGCAAUUAACUGCCUUUACUGUAAGGUGCGAGUGCAUAAGUCUGCCAUGUAAAAUGUUUGCAUGAGAUAUUUCCCAUCAUGUUAGCUUUCCCAUAUUCACAAUAUGAACACUAUAGAAGUCUUAUUUCUCUUGUGGUCUUCUCUCCAUUAGAAAUGGAAGGAGAUCGUUACCUGUAUCUGGUCUCCUUUCCAUAUUAAAAUGCAUGGCUCAAAUCCUCAGUGAAUUUUCACCCCUUUCCUCUGGAGUUACUUACAAUUUGCCCUUUUAAACUGAAGCUGGAUAAACUGCUGAGCCAGAUCAUUUUUGUGAUUGGAGUUUAAGCGCAGUAGAACAUUGGUGGAGAGCACAUUUUAACUCUAACUUUUUUUUUCUUUCAGAAUUAUUCUCUGAUCUUUAUGGUUCUCUAAUGAAAACACUGAGAAGUAUGUCAGAUGCUUUCAGUGUGACUGUUAUAUUUUCUUUUUAAAGAGUCGUUUUAAAACAAAGAACUAUAAAGUAAAGAGAAAUGUCAUCAUUUUGUCGACAUAUCAUUCAUUAUUCGAUGAUAAGGGAGGUACAGAAUGAAUCAUUUUGUUGUCUGGGUUUAUAGCUAUAAUUACGCACUAAAUCUUAGCGCAAAUAAGUUAUUUUAACAUUAUUGCCGCAAAAUUUUUAAGCUCAAUGGUUUGACUGUUGGAGUCAAUUAAAAAUUCUUUGAAAAUCUUUUGUGACAUUUUUGUAAUCUACUCAGUGUUUUUAUUUGCAUGAUUAUGCCUAUGUGAUGAGCCAUUCAUGAUUCCGAUAUUGUAUUUCUUUCCAGUAUUAUAUUUGUGUAAUGUGUGACCAACCUGAUUUGUACAUUGUAUGAUUAUUGUUAUGAUGAUUCUGCUGUUCCUACGCUUAAUUGCAAUUUUGUUAUUAUGCCUUUUGGGAUCAAAUGAUGUGAAGUGUUUCCACCUAAUGAUAAUACCAUAUGAAAAUAUGACUAAAAGACUGACCUAAGAGUCUGUUUUGUUGCUAAUUAUUUUUGAAAAUCUAAAUUUCAAAGGAAACUUUCUCAAAGACAUAGACAUUUAUUUUAAAUUCAAAACAAUUCUUUUGAAUUUAUUAUUGCUUGUCCUUUUUAAUUUUUUUAUUCUAGACAAUCCUAAGUGAAUGUCUCAUGGGAGAAUCCAUAUGAUUUGUGCUUGUAUUUGUGGAAUCUGAUGAUGCACUCGAUGGUUGGAAAAGGCACUCCAGUGCUAAGAAAAUAACUGAAGCCAAUAUAUCAAUUCUUCAAUCUUGGUUUAUGUUACCAACUGAAUAUGGUGUAAUGCGUAACUCUUUCCAGUAAAUAAACUGGUUAUCUUUUGUUCAUUUCA